AUGGUUGUUGGUCUCUCAUCCUCCAAAGGCAUCUUGGCUUUAUUAAAUGAGACCGAUGCCGAUGUAAUUCAGUUUGCCCUCAAACGUCUGCUGGAGCUGGUGGACACCUACUGGUAUGAGAUUAGUCCCGAUCUCCCGUUGAUUGAAGAGCUUCACGAGUCGUGUGAUCUCUCUGAGGAGACUCGAAUGCUUGCCGCUCUUGUUGCCUCUAAUGUUCAUUUUCAUCUUGGUGCCUACAAUGAUUCCGUACACUUUGCGCUUGAGGCCGGGACCGCAUUCAACUACAUGGAGCGCUCACUCUUUACCGACACCAUUUUAAGCUGCUGCAUUGAUCAGUUUGUGCAGUAUCAAGAGCAGCCGGAGGAGACUCGCGGCAAGCUCGAUCCACGCCUUGACAGCCUUUUUACUGCCCUGACCAAUAAAUGGAUCUUGCAGGAGGGGACACCCGUGCGGGAACUUGUCGGUUUCACCAUUCGUGCUCGCUGCCUUGAUUUUUUGGAGAAGGUCCUCCGCCAGGACAUCGCCCUCACGAAGUCUGCUGCCAUUCUGAACUACACCUUUGACUUGGCCAGUGUUAUGCUUCGUGAUAUUGGCUUUCGAGGGAAAAUAUUGCGUCUUCUGGCGGAUCUGUAUGCCCAGGGAGGUCUGAGCACCAUCGACUACUUUUCCCGUGCACAGUGUCUCUUAUUCCUUGGUGACUCGGAGUCCACGACACGACUUAUAACCGACUUGAUGCAGGCCAAUGACAAGGCGACAGCCUACCAACUUGCAUUUGACCUGUACGAAUAUGGAAACCAGGAGUUUCUUUCUGCGGUUGUGGCGGCACUUGAAAGGGAGGCGGCAGAGAUUCCCCACCCAGGCUUGACGUCAUCUCCACCUGAGAAUGAAGGAGAAGAGACCUCGACAAAAGAAGUUGAUACCAGCAAUCUCUCCGAUGUACACCAAAAACUCCUUGCCGUUCUUACAGGGGAAACUUCCGCCUCUUUUUACCUGAAGUUUCUUUAUGCCCAAUGCAAUGCAGACAUCCACAUUCUCAAUCACAUCAAACAAUCGAUUGAUGCUAAAAAAUCUGUGCCUCACAACGCCACUGUAAUUGCUCACGCUCUUAUGUACAGUGGAACCACCAUUGAUGCAUUUCUACGAGGCAACAUGGAAUGGCUAGCUCGGGCAAAUUAUUGGGCCAAAUUUGUUGUUACAGCCUCCAUUGGCGCCAUACACCGAGGACACAUUGAUGAAGGACUUGCUGUGGUGGACCCUUAUCUUCCAAAGGAAGGUGUGGGACUGCUUCCGUAUCAAGAAGCAGGCGCCCUUUAUGCACUAGGCCUCAUUCACGCUCCUGUUGGUGUAACUAGAAACCGAAAAACGAUUGAUUACCUUAAAAAUGUGUUAAGGAAAUACAGUACGAGUGAGCAAAUGAUUCAUGGUGCCUCGUUAGGUAUCGGUCUUGCAGCAAUGGGACUGAAAGAUGAGGAGCUUUUUGAUUCUCUUUUUGCUUGCGUCAGCGGCUGUGACGCCGUCGCAAGUGAGGGCGCCGCUCUUGGCAUUGGACUACUCAUGAUGGGAAGCGGGAACCGGGGCGCCAUUCAGAGUAUGCGAGCACUGGCGUCUGAGGAUAAUCAGAAAGAAAAGACCAUCCGAGGUAUUUCCAUGGCCAUGGCGCUUAUGAUGCUUGGUCGAGAAGAUGAGUGCUGGGCCGUGGCGAAUGAGCUUCUGGAUGACUCUGAUCCAUGGGUGCGUUUAGGGGGUUGCUUCAUGCUUGGUUUGGGGUAUGCGGGGGCAGAGAAUACGAAAGUACUGGAACGUUUGCUGAGUGUGGCAGUCAAGGACACCUCCGAUGACGUUAGACGCAACGCCACCACCAUGAUUGGGUUCCUUACUAUAAAAGAUCCAGCGCUUUGUUUAGAGCUUACCCGUGUCCUGGUUGACAGUUACAAUCCACAUAUACGCUACGGUGUGGGAAUGGCAUUGGCAGUGGCGGCUGCGGGAACAGGUGAUUCCAGCGUAAUUGAAGUUCUCUGGACUUUAAAGGACGAUUUGGUGGAUUUUGUCCGUCAAGGGGCAUACAUUGCGCUUGCCAUCGUCAUGGUGCAGCUGACGGAGGCGGAAGAGCCGAGGGUGAAGGAACUUCGUGAGAUUUUCAGCAAAAAAAUUGCCGGUCGCAAAGAAGACAUGUGCUCAAAAUUUGGAAGCAUCAUUGCCACUGGCCUUUUGGAUGCUGGAGGUCGCAAUUGCACCUUUUCCCUGCACCGUCAACGCCAUCGCUUGGAUAAGGCCGUGGCUGGCAUGUUUGUAUUCCUGCAACACUGGUACUGGUUCCCAUACCUUCUGAUGAUCACACUGGCAAUGCGACCUACCUGCUUCAUUGGCCUGAAUGACAACUUGGACGUUCCGGAGUAUACUUUUAAAUCAAAUGCACCAGCGAGCCGCUUUGCACUUCCCAAGAGCGUUCUUGCAGAGAAGAAGGAAGCCAAAGCGGCUUCCGUGAAGGCGGUUGUUCUGUCCACAACGAAGAAGGAGGAGCAAUUUCAUCGGCUCAAGCGGAUGAGCGGCAGCGGCAGGGCACAUGAUGCUGCGGAGGCUGUAGCUGCUUCAAAAAACGCAGCCGCCGCUGAACCAGCACUCACACCGUUAGGGGCGGAGACGGAGAAGAAAGAGCCAGAACCAUCUUUUGAGCUCCUGAAAAACCCGACCCGUGUAACGUCCCGACAGUUCGCUGUGAUCUCUCACGAUGUGGAUGGACGCUACGUGCCACUUAAACCUUACCCAACGGGUAUCUGUCUGCUGCGCGAUACAAAGCCCUCAGACGGCAAGCAGAAGAUUGUGAGUGAAGUGGGCUGGAACAGCGCCGACGAUGCACCGCCACCGGAGCCGUUUACAUGGCCAUGA